AUGGCUCAACAAGAGGAGGAACCCUACCGCCCCAAGGAUGCCCUGGGCGCCGCAAUCAAGGCCGGCAUGAUCACUACCGGUGCUGGUCUUUUCGUCUCGACCAUCCAAAACACCCUAACCAAGCAGAACUAUGGUUCCAUGGGCGCCUUCACCAAGUUCGGUGGCACCACCGCCGUCUACGGUGCUAUGGGAGUUGCCUACGAAUUCACCAGAUGCGCCUCGGCCAACCUUAGACAAAGCGACGAUGCUUGGAACUCAUUCUGGGGUGGUCUCGCCGGUGGCUCAAUGCUCGGCCUGAGAUUCCGCACCGCUCCCGCCGUUGCUGGCUACGGAACCGCCCUGGCCGUCGUUCUCGGCACCUGGCAGUACGCCGGCGGCAAGAUCACCGGAUACGCAAUUGAUCCCACAGUCGACGAGGUUGCACGAAAAGAAUAUGUUCGCAAGAACAGAAGGAGGUCGAUGGAAGAGACACUUGAGCAGAUCGGCGAGGGCCGCGGAAUCUUCGGACCCGGCUACCAGGAGAGAAGAGCAGAAAGACUCCAGCAAAACUACGGCAUUGAGGUGCCAACCGCUUCUUCUUCUUAG